CGGUGGGGGUUCAGCCGCUGCGGUGGAGCGAGCAGGUGGCGAACGUGACGGAGAGGCUGGUCCGGUACCAGAGGAUGAAAAUGGGCUGCCAGUUCGCCAGCCUACCCGCCGGCAAGUACGGCGCCAACCAGCUCUGGGCUCGCGGGACGGCGGUGACGGCGCGUAUGGCGGUGGAGGAGUGGGUGAAGCAGAAACAGUUCUACAACCACGCCAACAACUCCUGCGCCCCCAACCACAGGUGCGGCGUCUACACGCAGGUCGUGUGGAAGAAGUCUCUUCUGCUUGGCUGCGCUCAAGCCACGUGCGUCAAGGAAGAUGCUAGCUUAACCAUUUGUUUCUACACCCCCCCUGGCAACUACGUUGGAGAAGCCCCUUACUGAUUAUUCAUCCUCUUAUCUUUUAUCUAUUAUGUGUAUGUCAAUCAUGCUUAAUUCUCUUCUUAACUAUGCUACUUAAUUAACGUCACUCAAACUCAUAUCUAUAUAUUAAUAAAUCAAUCUAUUUACCAGAAAAA